UGAACAAGAAACAAAAAAUUUACUCAUAAAAAGGCCACAAUACUGUACCCCACUUCCUUCCCAUCUCACAUCACACUCUUUCUCUUCUUCAAUUUCUUAACCCUUCGCCCCAGUUUUAUACACUGAUCUAAUCGAAUCCGAUCUAAAAUGUUUCUCACAAGGACUGAAUAUGAUCGUGGAGUCAAUACCUUUUCUCCCGAAGGCCGUUUGUUUCAGGUUGAAUAUGCAAUCGAAGCUAUCAAGCUGGGAUCAACCGCGAUUGGGUUGAAGACGAAAGAAGGUGUUGUUCUUGCUGUUGAAAAGCGUAUCACUUCGCCUCUACUGGAGCCUAGUAGUGUGGAGAAAAUAAUGGAAAUUGAUGACCACAUUGGCUGUGCAAUGAGUGGAUUGAUUGCUGAUGCUCGUACACUUGUUGAGCAUGCACGAGUUGAAACUCAGAAUCAUAGGUUUUCAUAUGGUGAACCAAUGACUGUUGAGUCUACAACUCAAGCUCUUUGUGAUCUAGCCUUGCGCUUUGGUGAGGGCGAUGAAGAAUCCAUGUCUCGACCAUUUGGAGUGUCUCUCCUCAUUGCUGGCCAUGACGAGAAUGGGCCUAGCCUAUAUUACACUGAUCCUUCUGGAACAUUCUGGCAAUGCAAUGCAAAAGCUAUUGGUUCAGGAUCAGAAGGUGCUGACAGUUCUCUGCAAGAACAAUUCAACAAGGACUUGACUCUUCAAGAGGCUGAGACUAUUGCCUUAUCUAUUCUGAAGCAAGUUAUGGAAGAGAAGGUCACUCCCAACAACGUUGACAUUGCCAGGGUUGCUCCAGCAUAUCAUCUUUACACUCCUUCUGAGGUGGAAGCUGUGAUAGGACGCCUAUGAUUUCCAUCUAUUUCUGUGAUUUGUCCGGUGGCUGUACGUCUAUACAACUAGUCUUUGGUUGAUGAUGCUGCAUGUAGUUCUGCUUUAUGGAAGUUGUACGCUAUAUUAGAUUCUCCUGUCAUAUUUUUUGUCAUUCAGUCUAGUUGAAAUUGAGGACUAAACUAAUGUUACGAUGUUUGGGAAAACAAAAUACAUUAUUAAUGUUAUGUCGAGCGCCAUUCACAGGAUC